AAACAAGCAAUUGUGAUGGUUAGAGUCAGAGGCAAUACGAUACUACAUGCUGUAAAGCUUGUUCUUUUGCUUUCUGGAUGCAAUGCAAUCUGCAAUUCAUCUAUCCUAAUUCCUAAACUGGCAGCUUCCUAGUUGUCUAUGUUCAGCUGGAUUGCAAACUCCAUGGUUAAUUGGUCAUGCCUUACUACUGCACCUACUUCUUCACAGCAACCAACUUAUUCACAGCAGCAAACGGACUGGUAGGUCUGGCACUUGAAGGUUAGUUAGCUGCUACUGAAAAUUCAAAAGAGCUAUGAAUCUUUGGCAGGUCUAUAAAUGCCUUGGUCCAUUAUGAAUUAUGUUGAGCAAAGCACUUAAGGGGAGGAGACAAUGGCGGAAACAAGCAGUGCACGGUCGCCAUUGCUGGACGUCGAUGAGUCUUCGGGUGCGUCGGAGGAGCUGCUGCGCCGGGAGCCCGUGCCGCGGAGCGUUCUGUCGCGGCUGGCGGCAUGGGAGGCCGGCAACCUGUGGCGCAUCUCGUGGGCGUCCAUCCUCAUCACGCUCCUCAGCUUCACUCUCAGCCUCGUCACCCAGAUGUUCGUCGGCCACCUCGGUGAGCUCGAGCUCGCCGGCGCCUCCAUCACCAACAUUGGCAUUCAGGGCCUAGCCUAUGGCAUCAUGAUUGGCAUGGCGAGCGCGGUGCAGACGGUGUGCGGCCAGGCGUACGGCGCCAGGAAGUUCAGGGCCAUGGGCAUUGUGUGCCAGAGGGCGCUGGUGCUCCAGUUCGCGACAGCCAUCGUCAUCGCAUUCCUUUACUGGUACGCCGGCCCGUUCCUGCGGCUCAUUGGGCAGGCCGCGGAUGUGGCGGCAGCGGGGCAGCUGUACGCGCGCGGCCUGGUGCCUCAGCUGCUCGCGUUCGCGCUCUUCUGCCCGAUGCAGAGGUUCCUGCAGGCCCAGAACAUCGUCAACCCCGUUGCCUACAUCACCAUGGCCGUGCUGAUCUUCCACAUCCUCAUAUCGUGGCUGACCGUGUUCGUGCUCGGCUUUGGCCUCCUCGGCGCGGCACUGACGCUGAGCUUCUCUUGGUGGGUGCUCGUGGCAUUGACAUGGGGGCUCAUGGUCUGGACUCCGGCUUGUAAGGAGACGUGGACUGGAUUGUCCGUGCUCGCGUUCAGAGGCCUCUGGGGAUAUGCCAAGCUUGCCUUCGCGUCAGCCGUCAUGCUAGCGUUGGAGAUUUGGUAUGUGCAAGGAUUUGUGCUUCUUACUGGCUUCCUCCCCGACCCAGAGAUUGCACUUGAUUCGCUCUCUAUCUGCAUCAAUUACUGGAAUUGGGACUUCCAGAUCAUGCUUGGUUUAAGCUAUGCGGCCAGUAUUCGUGUCGGUAAUGAGCUUGGAGCUGGCCAUCCAAAUGUGGCAAGGUUCUCGGUCUUCGUGGUUAUCACAGCAAGCGUUGCCUUCAGCAUCCUGGCUACAAUUCUAGUCCUAGUUCUCAGGUAUCCCCUGAGCACGCUCUACACAAGCAGCACCACCGUGAUCGAGGCUGUCAUCAAACUGACACCGUUGCUGUCCAUCAGCAUCUUCUUGAAUGGAAUUCAGCCAAUCCUCUCAGGAGUGGCCGUUGGUAGUGGAUGGCAGGUGGUGGUUGCCUAUGUCAAUGUUGGUGCCUACUACCUGAUUGGGCUGCCAAUUGGAUGCGUCCUUGGAUACAAAACAAGCCUGGGGGCAGCUGGGAUCUGGUGGGGCUUGAUCAUAGGAGUAUCUGUGCAAACGGUAGCUCUGAUCAUCAUCACUGCCAGGACCAACUGGGACAAUGAGGUGAUGAAGGCGAUUCAGCGACUGCGGCAAACCGCCGUGGAUGAUGGCACGGUUCCCAUCGUCGACGACAUCGAGUGAUCUGCCUGAAUGGAACUGAACAGGAUUACAGGACUGAUCUAGAGCUCAGCUUGGCCAUCCUAGAAGCUCCAAGUUGGACAUGGCAAAGAUUUUCUUGGGUUGUUUACCCUUUCGGCUUCAGUUUAUGUAGCAUCUCAGUAACUCAGUUCCAAUUUGAUUAGUGGACGAGAAAAUUUGGUUUAGUUUCGUACAACUAAGAUGCUUUUGUAGUGUGUUCUUGCUCCGAAUUGGUAUUCAUGAAUAUUUUCCUAUUCCUGAAAGCAAAUCAAAUUCCA